AUGGCCCGAGUGCCGAUGCAGUCGCUGAGCUCCCCGCAGGGUCGGAUAUUUCAAGUAGAAUAUGCGCAAGAAGCAGUCAAACAGGGAUCUGUCGUGGUGGGGCUGGUUAACAAGACACAUGCAGUUCUGGUCGGCCUCAAGCGAAAUGCCGAAGAGCUCUCAUCGUACCAGAAGAAGAUUAUCGAAAUCGACUCCCACAUGGGCAUCGCCAUCGCCGGUCUUGCAUCUGACGCUCGUGUGCUCUCCAACUACAUGAAGCAGCAGUCGCUCGGCUCCAGAAUGACUUAUGGCCGUCCAAUUCCCGUGGACCGCAUUGUUACUCAGAUCGCAGACCGUGCCCAAACGAACACCCAGCAUUACGGUAAACGGCCGUACGGCGUCGGCCUACUCGUCGCUGGCGUCGACGAAGCUGGUCCCCAUCUAUUCGAGUUCCAGCCAUCCGGUAUGAUUCAUGAAAUGCUGGCCUGCGCCAUCGGAGCUCGUUCGCAGAUGGCCCGGACUUAUUUGGAGCGGAACCUGGACAAGAUUACAAACAGCACUCGUGAUGAGCUCAUUACCCAUGGCCUCCGGGCACUCAAGGAGACUUUGUCUCAGGAUAAAGAACUGACUGUUGAUAAUACUUCUGUCGGUGUGGUGGGUCUUGCUGGGGAGGAAGGAAAGGGGAAGAUUGAGAGCUUCAAGCUUUAUGAAGGUCAACAACUCGUGCCGCUGUUAGAGGCUGUGGAGUCGGGAGAGACGAAAGAAGAGGAGACGAUGGAGGUCGAUUCGUAG